AUGGUCAUGGCCAUUUCCCACCUCUCCUUCCUUCACUUUCUCCUCUUCUUCCUCGUAACCCUCUCAGUCCAAUCAUCAUCAUCGUCAGACCAUCCACAAACCUUCAUCAUCCACGUGUCAAAGUCCCAGAAGCCCUCCCUUUUUUCUUCUCACCAUGAUUGGUACGCCUCCAUCAUUAAGACCCUCCCUCCUUCACCUCACCCUGCCAAGCUCCUCUACAACUACAACCAUGCCAUCCACGGUUUCUCAGCCCAUCUCACAACCACUCAAGUGGCAAAGCUCCGCCGUGUUCCGGGCAUUCUUUCGGUCAUUCCUGAUCAAAUUCGCCAGCUUCACACCACUCACACCCCCACUUUCUUAGGCUUAUCAGAAAGUUCUGGUCUUUGGAAAAAUUCUGUUCAUGGUGAUGGUGUGAUCAUUGGAAUUCUUGACACUGGAAUAUGGCCGGGACACGGGAGUUUAUCGGAUUCCGGUCUGUCUGAUGUUCCUGCCAGCUGGAAAGGGAUCUGUGAGACAGGACCUGACUUUCCAGCCUCUUCUUGCAACAAGAAACUUAUUGGCGCUAGAGCUUUUCAUAGAGGCUAUAUAACUCAUAAAGGGAGACUUUUUGAUGAAUCAAAAGAAUCUGCAUCUCCAAAGGAUACCGAAGGGCCAGAUGCCUAUACUGCUGUUAAUAUUGCUCCAUGGAUUCUUACAGUUGGUGCUUCGACAAUUGAUAGAGAGUUUCCGGCCGAUGUAGUCCUGGGCAAUGGUAGGGUUUUCAAUGGGGUUUCUCUGUACUCUGGUGACCCACUUGUUGAUUACAAGCUUCCUUUGGUUUAUGCUGGUGAUGUGGGGAAUAGGUAUUGCUAUAUGGGGAGAUUAAGUCCUUCAAAAGUUCAAGGAAAGAUUGUGGUAUGCGAUCGCGGAUGGAAUGCAAGAGUGGAGAAAGGAGCUGCAGUGAAGCUUGCUGGUGGGCUUGGAAUGAUCUUGGCAAACACAGCAGAUAGUGGUGAGGAGCUGAUUGCUGACUCUCAUCUUCUGCCGGCUACUGAGGUUGGUGAAAUUGCUGCCAAUAAGAUUAGAGAAUAUAUCAGAUUGGGUCAGUAUCCUACUGCAACAAUUUUGUUCCGUGGAACAAUAAUUGGGACUUCACCUGCAGCUCCUAAGGUUGCAGCCUUUUCGAGUCGUGGUCCGAAUUAUUUGACACCGGAGAUUCUGAAGCCAGAUGUUAUUGCUCCUGGUGUUAACAUCUUGGCUGGUUGGACUGGUUUAGUUGGACCAACAGAUUUGGAACUUGAUCCUAGAAGGGUCGAGUUCAACAUAAUAUCAGGUACCUCAAUGUCUUGUCCUCAUGUUAGUGGAAUUGUUGCUUUGCUUCGAAAAGCAUUCCCAGAUUGGUCCCCAGCUGCUAUAAAAUCUGCUUUAGUAACCACUGCUUAUACUUUAGACAAUUCUGGCAAGAAUUUUGAGGAUCUUGCUACUGGUGAAGAAUCAACACCCUUCAUUCAUGGAGCUGGUCAUGUUGAUCCUAAUAGUGCUCUUAAUCCUGGACUGGUGUAUGAUAUGGACACAAGUGACUAUAUUGCCUUCCUUUGUGCAAUUGGGUAUGAUUCUAAGCGAAUUGCAGUUUUUGUCAAAGAGUCUCCCAGUUCCGACAUAUGCAGUGGAGAAGUGGGCAGUCCAGGCAAUCUUAACUAUCCAUCAUUCUCUGUUGUUUUCCAGUCAAACAGUGAUGUGGUUACUUAUAAGAGAACGGUGAAAAAUGUUGGGAGUUCUCCUGAUGCAGUUUAUAAUGUUGAAGUGAAUGCUCCUGCAAAUGUUGACAUCAAGGUAUCACCAAGUACGCUUGUUUUUACUGGAGAGAAAAAGACCUUGUCCUAUGAGAUUACCUUCUCCAGUGUUAACUUGGGUUGGUCUAGCAUAAACUCACCAACAUUUGGAUCAAUCGAGUGGAGCGAUGGAAUUCAUGGAGUCAGAAGUCCAAUUGCUGUAAAGUGGCGUCAAGGAUCAUCCAGGGAAUCUAUUUAA